UGAAAGGCUGGGCAAGUAAUUGGAGUCUAUCAGUGGCUCGUAUUCCGUACGGCUGAUCAUGUCGCCAGCCUCGUUCGUCGCGCCGCUUCUUGCCGGACGUACUGCCUACCAUCAUACAUCGUCGUCCGGCCAGCUCCAGCGUAUUACUUGAUUGUUUGCCAUGUCGCAAUUCCCAUCUUUACCCCCGCCAGGACCUUAUGUCCCGCCUAACAACCAGUCCCAACAGCUUCAGGGUUCCUCUCAGCAGCAACAACCCCACUAUGGCUACCAGCAGCCACAGGCGCCGUCUCCGUACAAGGCGCAUGCUCAAGACUACAAUCAGCCAGCUUCGCAGAAGCCUACGAAAGCCUUUGGGCAGGUAUUCAACCAAGCCGUAACCCAAGGCAAGCCUAUGUUGGACAAGCUCGGCAAAUUCAUUAGCUCCAAGCAUUCAAAGCCUGUCUACAAUCCCCAAUCUGCACCACAGGAGAAUUACCAGAGUUACCAGCAACAACACCAACAGUAUGGUCAACCCCAAGUUCAACAAUACCAACAGGCUCAGCCGCAAGGCCACCAUAAUCAAGGCCAGCAGUUCAACCCUCGGCCACAGAGCGUGUAUCAAACUCCACUGCAGUCACCAUUCCCACAGUCAGCAUACGGGACCCCUGCUUCGGGUAAUCUGGGACAGGGUAACAACUAUUUACCCCCUCAAGCACUGCCAACGCCACAACAACAUGCUCCUCAGUAUCAGCAAGCUCCGCAGCAGGCUUCCUACCAACAAAGUAACAGUUCUAGCCAUAACAAUCCGGGGGAACAAGCCCACGGACAUAGCCAGCCACCAGGUCAGCCAGGACAGGGACAAGUUUCCCACGUGCAUGCUCAGGGAGUACCACCACAGACAACUUAUGGGCAAGCGCAGGGCCAACAGACUGGUAUCAUUGGAGGCACGCAAAUACAGCCACCGCAGAAUUUCCAGCAACACGGGCCACCUGCAAAUGUCUUUCCUCCUGAAAAGCAGCCUCAGCAGCAUCAAUGGGGAGCUCCAGCAUCUGUAAACCAACAUAAUGCUUCGUCCACACCUCAAUCGCCUGCUCCGUCUUUAGGAGGGCAGCAACAACAACAAUGGGCACCGCAUCAGCAAGCUUCUCCCGCUGCUCAGUCGCCAGUACAUUUGCAACCAACGCCUCCGCCGCAACAGCAGAAUGCAGCAUCGCCCGCCCCAGUCCACCCAAACCAACAACAAGCCCAGCAAUCACCACAAGCUCAGCAUCAGCAAUGGGCCCCUAUGCCGCCUGUAAGCCCACAAGCACAACAAGUGCACCAGUCCCCAGGUGCGAACUCUCCGGCUCCACAAACGUCCGAAAUCCACAAGCCCGCUAGCCCUGCCCCUGCUACUUUGCCGCAGCACCAAUCUCAAGUCGAGCCAUCGCAGCAGAAGUCAGCUCAACUCCCCGCAGCAGCAUCACAGAAAGGCCCUUCGAAUGCUGGUCCCAUGGGAUUCAUUGCCGAGUUGCCUGCCGAGUUAGGUAGCAUGAGUCCUGUCGAGGGUGCCAAGACAGAACAGGUCUCGUCAAACGCGUCACAAGCUGCCCCAUACCGAGCUUACAAGCCAGGGCCGGGGCAAAAUGGCUCCCCUGGACCCGGUUAUACGAUCGCUCGGCGUGCUGUGAGCACGAGCAGCCUGCCUCUGGCAGACCCAUGGAGGUUUGCAGAUCCGGUGACUGAGGUACCAACGCGUGAAUUUUACAUUAUUGCAGACCUUGUGUUCGACAGCAUAGACAGAAUGUUCGAGCCUCAGAACACGGGAAUGUUGGAAGCAAACAAAGUGUUGGAAAGCUGGAAGGCGCAGCAACUGCCUGACGAGGCGGCUGACCUCUUCGCGCACGACUGUUAUAGCGCCUUUGGCAAGAUGUGGAGUCUUGAAGGCGUUCCACAUGUCAUGGUGCCGAGUCAACCUUCGCUAAUGCCAACUUGGAACUUUCAGCAGCAGAUACACUCGGAGGAACUGAAGUUGCCAGACGAAUCAACCUCGGUGUCUACUUACCCCACCUACGUGCCAGCUCUCAAUCGCGCCGGAUGGUACAAAUACUCGUUCCUCAAUUGGCUUCACCAGCCGGAAGAUGUAGAGAAGAUGCUGUCAGCGUUCUGUGCAGACACGUACAAGCCUGGCAUCCUCAACCAGCCUGACAUGCAGAAACGUGACAAGAACGAGUCGCCGGCCCUCGUGUCGAGGGCCACAAGGAUCAGUACCACAGCCGUUAGCCGCGUGUGCCAAGAAGUGGUUGCGCAAAUGCAAGGCAGCGCACGAGACGGCAGGCAAGGCGGUGGUCUACGAGACGCAACGCAAGGAGCGCCACAAGCACAGCACAGCGGGGAUGUGAGCGACCCAGACGCAUCGCUGAAAAUGCACAGUUUGCAAAUCCAGCAGCAGUUCAACGCCAUGAUGCACCACAGCACACCCUCAGGAAGUGCCUAAUGCGGACCGGACGUACCGUGCGGCAAGUGGGAUGCCGGACAGUGGGGGUCGGGGGUGAAAAUUCGACAAAGGGUGCGACGUGUGCAACCAUGGUACGGGCCUCGAGGCUC